AUGGGUGUCUGGAUUAGGCUAGUUCCCUUGACACUGCAGUACGUAGGAGAGUAUUCUUCUGAAGGAUAUUUGUGCAGUCGUUAUCUGCGUUUGGUCAAAAACAUUGCGACUCCUCAACAUACACAUGCACGGCUUGUGAAAAGGUCGGCUAGGACAGGGAAGUUAGCUGAUCACGCUAUUAUUCUUACUCUGCGUGCUUUCAUCGAAUUUUCUCAUACAAAUGAAGCGAGCUUUUUCGCUGACGACAUUGGCUACAUAAUGGUUGAUGAGGAGGAGAUGUCGCAAAAACUUCUGAUCUCUCGUUUUGAGAAAGGAGCUCUUGUUGAGGUGGAAUUCGUGAAUGACUCAUGGUGGUUACGAAGGCUGCUCGGUGAAUGGCGUGAUGACAUUGAUCUAUCAAAUUUCUGUUCGCAACCUGUCGAUAAUGAGCUCGAAAUGACCGAGAACAGGCCUUGCGCGGAUGAGCUGCACCAAGCUGCGCAAUGCCCUCCAGUUGAAGGACGGAAUGUGAGAAGCAGAUUCGAUCGAAGAUCCGGAAGUAACCCCCACACCGAAAGCGACUCGACUAGAGAACGUAUGGAUAAACUUUCGCUGUCAUUUAAUGACUUAAGUAUGGCGACAGUAAAUCAACAGGCUACCUCAGGAAGUCCAAGCCCGCUUGGGCUAGGCUGCAGCGAUGUGCCAAAGUGGAUACCUCCCAAAUUGCCACCCAAUAAUGAAACCAUAAUUGAUGUCACAUCGGAGCAACCCGCAGGAAGAAAUGCUUUACCUGCAUGGUGCUGCAUAGUGAAAAUCAGAGAAGAUCAUGUUAUUGGUUUUGCUCCCAUUCCAGGCGUUCACAAGGUUCUUAUUGCAAGUGAGCUGUUGAGAAACUCUCUGUGCAUUACUGGUGGAAUGAGGUUUCUCAAGUUGGGCCAGUGGAUUAAUGUUAUGUGUGAACCCCGCCGUCAGAGAGAAUACGACGAUGUUCGACCACCUCACUUCUCACACAUUGCCACCGAAAUAUGUACUGUUCCGCAACGUCACCCUCCUGUUGAGCCGUGGGAUCAGCGCAUUGUUUGUAAUUUGCUCCAGAUAUUUCUUCGUUGUGAUCUUAGCAUCCCAGGAAAUGUAAAGCGUGUUCAAGUUGGUAAUGAUAAUUAUUUUUUGCUGAAUUGUAUGCAUAACAUACCGAUGAUGGCUCCGGCUAAGAGGUUAGAGGGACUUAUCGACGCAAAACUGAUAGGGAAAGCAGAAAUAGGGUAUGUUCAUCAUAUCUUUUAA